ACUGCCUGGCCUCAGCGCACAACCGGAGAAUUCUGGAGUACAGGCUGCGGUCAGAUCCCUCACGUCACUCAGUCCUUUCGCGAGGUUUCUGGGAAGGCUGAGCUAUAGCUGCGCCACUAGCAAGGGAUUGGGACUCAGGACUACUAGGACCCGCUGAUCACAUCCCUGACUUCAGCUUGCCCGGCUGCCAAAUAAAAGGAGCCUCAGAACGGGUUAAACUAUGGAAAAGCACAGCAUGCAAACAGAGGCUCCUCACGCAGGAACACACUUGCCAGUUGGGUAUGGCCCUCAGUAUCCACCAGCAGCAUUCCAAGGACCUUCAGAACAGAAUGGCUACCCCACACCCCAGCCUGGCUUCCAAAAACUCCAGAAUCCUUAUCCAGGGCCCCAGGCUGGCUUUCAAGGGCCCCAGGGUCCGUAUCCAGGGCCCCAGGGUCCGUAUCCAGGGCCCCAGGGCCCGUAUCCAGGGCCCCAAGCUGGCUACCCAGUUCCACCAGGAGGUUAUCCAGGUGCUGGCCCAAGUGGCUUUCCUGUCCAAAAUCAGCCAGCAUACAGUCAUCCAGGUGGGCCUGGAGGGGCUCCGUGGAUGCCAGCACCACCUCCCCCACUGAACUGUCCACCUGGGUUGGAAUACUUAACUCAGAUAGAUCAGAUUCUGGUUCAUCAGCAAAUUGAACUUCUGGAAGUCUUAACAGGCUUUGAAACAAAUAACAAAUAUGAAAUCAAGAACAGCCUCGGGCAGAGAGUUUAUUUUGCUGUGGAAGAUACUGACUGCUGCACUCGGAACUGCUGUGGACCAUCUAGACCUUUCACCUUGAGGAUCCUGGACAAUCUGGGCCAAGAGGUCAUGACUCUGGAGAGACCCCUGAGAUGCAGUAGCUGUUGCUUUCCCUGCUGUCUCCAGGAGAUAGAAGUCCAAGCUCCUCCUGGUGUGCCCGUAGGUUAUGUGACUCAGACCUGGCACCCUUGUCUGCCAAAGUUCACUCUUCAAAAUGAGAAGAAGGAGGAUGUUCUAAAAAUUGUUGGCCCAUGUGUCGUGUGCACCUGCUGCUCAGACAUUGACUUUGAGCUCAAAUCUCUAGAUGAAGAAUCUGUAGUUGGCAAAAUUUCCAAGCAGUGGUCUGGUUUCGUGAGAGAGGCCUUCACAGACGCAGAUAACUUUGGGAUCCAGUUCCCACUAGACCUUGAUGUGAAGAUGAAGGCUGUGAUGCUUGGAGCGUGUUUCCUCAUAGAUUUCAUGUUUUUUGAAAAAACUGGAAAUGAGGACCAAAGAGCAGGAGUAUGGCAGUAGUUUCUUGAAAUUCCUCAAGAGAUUUAAGGACUUCAUUCUGGUGGAUAUCUAAAAGAACACACAUGGCUUUUUUUCUUUGUUGAAAUAACUGUGUCGAUUAACCUAUGAUGCCUAUAUCUCCUGUUGUACAAUUGUGCUUUCGAAUUAUAGUUUAUUUUAUGUACUUUUGUCAUGUAUUUGUUUUUAUACAUCCUUAAAGUGUUCACUGGGAAUUAGUGAGAAAAUAUAUGAAUGUUUACACAUAGAAAUGAGAUUGUCUAAGAAAAAUGCUUUGACUUACAAUCUUUGAUUUAUUUUCUAUUUUAUAAAAUCUUAAAUGUUAUUGUAAUUUAACAUGAAAUUACAUAUUAAAUGUAAUUAUAAUUUAUACAAAAGACUUGAUGUUAUUUAUAAAUACUAUUUAA